AUGGAAGCGUCAGAGGCAGCAAAGGAUCCGGUUGAAGCCGAAGAGAGUCCAAAGUCCUCAGCGGCCUCUCAGAAGACUCUUAGUACUCUGAGAAAACCUCGGAAGCCACCCAUCUGGAAGAUGAUUCUGACCUCCGUUAAAAAUAUGAACGAUCCGAAGGGUUCGUCGCUGCAAAGCAUCAAGAAAAAUUUGGCCUCCGAGUUCCUGCUGGACGUGGAUCGGAAGUCUUAUUUUAUCAAAAAAGCCCUGCUGACCGUCAUCGAGAGUGGAAAGUUGGUUCGGAUGAAUGGAAUCGGAGCUGUCGGGCUGUUCAAGUUGAAUGAAGGCGGUCGGGUGCCAAAGAAGGUGAUUUCGAGUAAAAUCGUACCCAAGGUUGGCAGAAGUAAGUCGACGAAAGCUAAGGUAAUAACUUCGAAGUAA